AUGGAGGAGGCGAAUGAAAAGGAGCAAGAUAAUUCGAAUGACACCUCUCUUUUCGGCCCUUCUAUGGAUACCUUCAUCAAGACACGAAGAAAGGGGAGGAAGAAAAGAAGCACUACAAAACCACGAGUAUCCAAGCUCCCUGAUCAAGUUCAGCGAAUAUAUGAUGAAGCAAUGCGCUGCUAUAUUAAUUUGGACUAUGAUAAAGCAAAACUCUUGUUGAGCGAGGUGACUAAGAAUGUUCCGGAGUAUCCUGAUAUCUAUAAUGUUCUUGGGCUGAUUUACGAAGCAGAGCAGAAUAUCACGAAAGCGUGUGACUGUUACUUUAUCGAAGCUGAAAUUGUGAAAAAGGAUCCAGCAAAAUGGGAGGUGGUGUACGAAAUGAGCGUCAAGCUCAAUCUUCACAAACGUCAAAUCUACUGUUUGUCUCGGAUCAUUCACUUGGAUCCAUCGAACCCAAUUUACUACGAGAAGCGAUACCAGCUCUAUAUGGAAGAGAACCAGCAGAAUCGAGCGACCUCCGAUUUGCUUUCGUUCUGCCGCUUAACGCACGAUUUGGACCAUUACAUCAGCCAAUUGUACACGCUGUGCACUGCAAAUCAUCGACAGCCCGAGCUAUUAGCGUUUUUCGAAGAGAACUAUUCGGCGAUGAUUCAAGAAUUAAGUCCGAUUUUUGGAAUUCCAAAUGACGAGCAGAAAAUCGAUACGAACGCUACUCGGGUCUGGAAAUGCUGA